AGCUUCACCACGCCUUCAUGUUCGUGACCGGCCAGUAUCCUCCAGGCACGGUCACUCACACCACCACCAGCUACGAGCAGGGUAGAGACCACUGGCAAGAUGUUCACUAUGUGAGAGACGCUCCCCAUUACCCCGCUCCUGCACAGCAGAUCGAGACCUUCACUGGUGACUUUACAGACCCUGAGAGCUUGGAGGAUCCUGUGGCUGGUUCUGGACAGGGAGAUGCACAGGCUGGUUCUGGACAGGGAGAUGCACAGGGUGAGGCACAGGCUGGUUCUGGACAGGGUGAUGCACAGGUUGGUUCUGGACAGGGCGGUGCACAGACUGGUUCUGGAAAGGGCAGUGCACAGGCUGGUUCUGGAAAGGGCGGUGCACAUUAUGGACAGGGCGGUGCACAGGCUGGUUAUGGACAGGGCGGUGCAGAUGCUGGUUAUGGACUGGGCUAUGGAGCCUUCUGGCAGCCAGUUAACCGCCAAGCUGGUGACUACAACCUGGGCAAGGUUGCAUACUAAGUCUGGAUUCCUGCAGUGUGAACAGAGCUUUCUGAAUUCAAUAAAGAUUUUAAAUCUUGACAUGUCUUUGUUUCCUAAUAUCUGACUGAUACUUGUUGCAAUAUGUGCCCCACUCUUACACUUUUAAACCCAGAUGGUUGUAUAUAAAAUGCGGUUCAGAGGGGGCAUUAACACAUUGCAUGUAGAAGUCUUAAACUGUGUCUUUGCAUCUUGGGUCUCUUUUGCAAAUGUGUGUCUCAUAGGCAAAAUAUUGUGCUUUUAAAUUUGAAGCACCAUCUUUCAAGAGCUGAAUAGCCUCAAGCUGCAUGGCCAGAGACAUUUAAAAAAAAAAAA